GGACCUGUCUGGUGAUACACCCUCGGUGUAGGACUGCUCAUAAAACGCCAACUCCGUGUUUAUAUACAUUCAUGGGACCUUCAAAUCCCUGACUUUCAGUAGAGAAAGAAGAUAAGCCUCGGGUUUGUAUAUCUCGUAGGUAAUUUGCCCCAGUCAAGAGUCAAAAUCUAUCUGUAAUCACUGUUUCUAUAUUUUGUUUGGGUUUUUUUUUUUUUUAAUUUGUUUGUUUGGGCACUUGGAGAGCGAGAUUCAGAUCUGAAAAAUCGUUAGGUGUGGGGUCAGGUUUUGUUGGUGAGAAGCUUUCAUUUCUCUCUACUUUCCGUGUUAUUCAAGAAUUCUCUGUUCUCCCUCUCUCUUCAGUGGGAAUUCAAGACGAAACUGAUAGCAAUGGCCAAGGAAGCCUCAAAUGGAGACAAUCAUGCAGCUACAAAACCACCUCCAACCCCAUCUCCUUUAAGAAAUUCCAAAUUCUUUCAGUCCAAUUUGAGAAUUUUGGUCACUGGAGGAGCUGGAUUCAUUGGUUCUCACCUUGUGGACAAGUUGAUGGAAAAUGAAAAGAAUGAGGUGAUUGUUGCGGAUAAUUACUUCACUGGCUCAAAGGACAACCUAAAGAAGUGGAUUGGCCAUCCAAGAUUCGAGCUUAUUCGUCAUGAUGUCACUGAGCCAUUGCUAGUAGAGGUUGAUCAAAUAUAUCAUCUUGCUUGCCCUGCUUCUCCAAUCUUCUACAAAUACAACCCCGUGAAGACAAUAAAAACAAAUGUGAUCGGUACAUUGAAUAUGCUGGGACUCGCAAAGCGAGUGGGAGCAAGGAUUUUACUUACAUCAACCUCAGAGGUGUAUGGAGAUCCCCUUGUGCAUCCCCAGGAGGAAAGUUAUUGGGGAAAUGUAAACCCAAUUGGAGUGAGGAGUUGUUACGACGAGGGAAAGCGUGUAGCUGAAACUUUGAUGUUUGAUUAUCAUAGGCAGCAUGGGAUUGAGAUUCGGAUUGCUAGGAUCUUUAACACGUAUGGGCCCCGCAUGAAUAUUGAUGAUGGGCGUGUUGUCAGCAAUUUCAUAGCUCAAGCAAUCCGUGGUGAGCCCCUGACUGUUCAAGCGCCAGGAACCCAAACACGGAGUUUCUGUUAUGUCUCUGACAUGGUUGAUGGCCUUAUUCGACUAAUGCAAGGAGAGAACACUGGGCCCAUCAAUAUAGGGAACCCAGGUGAAUUUACAAUGACUGAACUUGCGGAGACCGUCAAAGAGCUUAUCAAUCCUGAUGUGGAGAUCUCAAUGGUGGAGAACACACCAGAUGAUCCUCGCCAGCGAAAGCCAAAUAUCACAAAGGCUAAGGAGCUGCUAGGAUGGGAACCAAAGAUCAAGCUGCGUGAUGGACUUCCCCUCAUGGAGGAGGAUUUCCGGACGAGGCUUGGAGUCCCCCCUAAGAAAUGAAAACUCCCAGUAUGGUAGGGAAGGAACUGCUAGAAUGCGGGCGCAUUUGUUACCUGGUGAUAAGAGCAAUAGGAGCAUUUGAGAAAUUAUUGACAUCUGGCUUUCUUCCGCAUAAUAUUAUUUGCUCUCUAUUUUCAUAUAUAUAGAAUAAAAUGGCAUUGAGCCCCUUAGUGCGUAGCCUAGUUUGUUGAAGAACCUCUAUUUGUGGAUUUGGACGGUUUUUGAUUUGAUAUUCAGAAGAAACUUUCUAGUCUGAGGUAUCUUGCGUACCUUUGCUUUUUCAGUUUAUAUUGGUUAGAAUGCGGAGCUUAUUGCUUCUUUGGC